CCGUAGUCCAUGUAAUACAAGCUUGGCUCCUGCUUCACUUAGCUGAGUCUCUGCUAGUGAAAGAGAACAGGCUAAAACCCUAAUUAAUUAGCAUUGAGGAAAAUUUGAUAAAUCCGGGCGGGAGGAUGAAUUGGAUUGGCGGUGGUGGUGGAAAUGUUGGAUUAAUAAAGAAUUCGAUGCUGAGAUAUUUCUCGCGGCAACGUGCAGUAAAUGUGAGGAAGAUAAACCCUAAGGUUCCGUUCCCUGAAGCUGCUUUGAUUUCCCAAUCUCUAUACAAUAUCAUCAAGGAGCGUGGCCCUCUGUCCAUUGCCAACACCUGGAAUUACGCCAAGGAGGCUAAUAUUAGUGGAUUGAAUAGCAAAACCCACAUGAAGAUAAUGCUUAAAUGGAUGAGAGGGAGGAAGAUGCUUAAGUUUUUCUGCAACCAUGUUGGUUCCAGCAAGAAGUUUUUGCAUAGCACUUUGCCUGAAGAACCACGAUCUGACCAAUCAAAAGUUUUGUCGGAGCCAAAUCUGCAGACUGAGAAGCCUUCAAGAAAGAGGAAACAGAAAUAAGAUGCACUAGAACCACUGCUGGACUGGGGAACAUUUCAUAGUCAGUCCUCUCAAAUCUCAAGUCUUAAUUUAGUGCUUGAUUUGAUAUGCAUAGAUGUUCAACAAUUUCUCUGCUGUCGAUGUCCUUGACCAUUUUGCGAAUGGAUUAGAUCUCUAUGUACUGCAUCUUUGUCCUGUUUUGAAGCUUUAGCCAUCUCUUAAUUUUCUGGAACGUACUAAUAAAGAAAAAUUUGUGGAGUGCGUCUCUAGUUAUACUUUCUUACGGGCGGCAUAUGUAAUGGACAUGAAGAUGUCAUUGUGAAGAAAUGUGUUGUGUAAGAUCUUAUAAUGUGAGUGAACAAUUCGAGGCACAGUUCUUGGUGCAGUACUUUCUUUUUUUUGACUAAUAUGCUUGUGAACCAGAUGAUGAAAUAAGCUCAAAUGAAAUGCAUUUGAUUAGUGAUUA